CUGCCUCCCGUGGGUCGUUUCCACUCCAGCAUGGGAACUGCGGUGUCCAAAAGGAAGAAUCUGAGGAGUGAUGCGAUAUCUUCCGUGGCCGCAAAAGUUAGAGCAGCCCGAGCUUUUGGAGAAUACCUGUCCAACGCCAACCCAGAGAACCGCAACGGAGCAGAUCAUCUUUUGUCUGACACUUUCCCCGGCCAAGACUGUGACUCUCCAGACGUCAGCCGCUUGCAUAACAACAAUCUGCCGGCACAGAGCCGCUGUUUGCCUGUAGCUAAACCCGACCAGCCCCCUCAGCCCAGUCGCAGUGCCCUCUCUCAGUCUCAGCCUCAGGUUAAGCCCCUCCAGGCACAGGCAUCGCUCGGACCCUCCAAACGGCGACUCUCCGGUGAACGCAGCCUCUCCGCAGAGGACCCGCGAGGCGUCAGGGGCCACGAAGGAGGCAUUGGUCUGAAGCCAUCCAGAGUGUACACCAUCACCAGAGAGGGGGGCAUGACCCUGGGGGGCCGCAGCAGUGAGGAGAGCCUGGAGCUGGAGGUGCUGAAGGGCUCCAGGGAGCACCCCAUGGCCCAGACCUCCGCCGGGGCCAACAGCAGCCUGUCCUGCACCAGCCAGCCAUCCGCCACCGCCAAUCGCGGCAGCCACCACCGCAGCGGCCACCACCGCAGCAACCACCACCACACCAGCACACAUCACGGCGGUCCGUCGUCGUCAUCGUCGCAGCCGCUGCAGAGCUCAGGGAGCGCCAGCAACAUCCGGGACUGGGGGAUGAGGAGAGGGGGGUCGCGGGACGACUACACCCCCGACUGCGUGGCCUGCAUACGAGCUCCCUGUCAAAGCCAGCGCUCCCUGGACCUGGACACCUCGCCACGGGACGGAGGGAAACCUCGCAAGAAGCUGGAGAGGAUGUACAGCGAGGACCGAACCUCUACCGACGACCGGGAGGACAAUCCUAAUAGCUGGUUCCCCAAAGAGAAUAUGUUCAGCUUUCAGACAGCCACCACCACCAUGCAGGCAAUAUCGGCUUUCCGAGGCAUUGCUGAAAGAAAGAGACGGAAAAGAGAGCAGGAAGCAGCCACCCUGAUGGAGAGAAAUUUCCGGAAGCACCUUCGGAUGGUGGGCAGCCGCAUGAUGAAAGCCCGAGUAACCUUCGCCGACCGCCGAGCCAAGAGCUUCAGCCGCUCGUGGAGUGACCCCACCCCCGUCAAGCCCGAGUCACUGCAUGACUCCAGAGACAGUGGUGAGCUUCAGACCUCCUCAGGGACGCUGGAUGAAGGGGUGGACGAGGACGCCGACUGGGAGGAGGAGAGGGAGGCGGAGAGAGUGGCCUGCGAAGGAGAAGACUUCAUCCCCCCUAAAAUCAUGCUGAUAUCCUCAAAGGUUCCGAAGGCCGAAUAUGUUCCGAACAUCAUCCGCAGGGACGAUCCCUCUAUCAUUCCCAUCCUCUACGACCACGAACACGCCACAUUUGAUGACAUCCUGGAGGAGAUCGAGAAGAAGCUGACGGCCUACAGGAAGGGCUGCAAAAUCUGGAACAUGCUCAUUUUCUGCCAGGGAGGCCCCGGACAUCUGUACCUGCUGAAGAAUAAAGUGGCAACCUUUGCAAAGGUGGAGAAAGAAGAGGGCAUGAGCCAGUUCUGGCGGCGGCUCGGCAGGCUGAUGAGCAAGCUCAACCCGGCGCCAAACCUGAUCCACAUCAUGGGCUGCUACGUGCUGGGGAGCGCUAACGGAGAGAAGCUCAUCCAGACCCUGAAGCGGCUGAUGAGACCCCCUCGUCGAGUUCAAGUCCCGCUGGAGCUGUCGGCACAAGGCAAAGAGAUGAUCGAGAUGUACUUCGACUUCCGCCUCUUCCGCCUGUGGAAAAGCCGGCAGCACUCCAAGCUGCUGGACUACGACGACCUGUUGUGACGCCGCCCGGCAUGGUGGCGGCUCGUCGAGCCGGUUACAGCCAGCCUGAGCCUGCUUU